UUUAUUUUCCUAGCAAGGGCAGCAUCGAAUUAAUUAAGGCACUUCUUCAUUAGCCUUACCUUAUAACACUCUUUCAGAGUUCCAAGAUGGUGUUGUUGUUUUUAAGACUGGUUACAGUUCUUCAAAUUAGCGAUAGCGUCCUUCCUGAUAGAAGCACAGAAAUUAAGACUGAAAUCUUAUGCAUACCUGCUUGGGAGUAAAUCUCAUUGAAUUCAGCAGGUUUAAUGUCUUAACAGAAUACACAGGAUUAUUUCCUAUACUCCAUUCAGAGAGAAUUUUGCCAAUGCUGUUUUUCUAGAGGGACUCUCGAACCCCCCAAAGGCUCAGUAGUGAGGAAUCUCCUGUUCCUUCCAACUUUCUUACAACUUGAUGGCUGCUGGCUACUGACUGUGCUUGUUAUGCAACUUUUCUCCUACAACCUGUACUUCCCUCAUUGUUGAACAGCUAAAAGUUUAGAAUGAAACGUUGAGGCUAGAUGGUCAGCUUCCCACACAAGCUGACUCUAUUCUGUUUCAUUUUAAUUACACACUGCUUCCACUGUUCUUGACAAAAUUUAGUUUCCUUUCAUUUUUGGAAUUAAAAUAUAUAUACCUUUUCCCAGAUUUUUAGAUUAUUACAUUCAGUUUAACCAUUAAAAUACAUAUAGGUAGAAAACAGGGGAAAAGAUAAUUUUUAAGGCACAUACAUUAUGGUGGCCUUUUUAAAUCACUGGUAAACUUUAUGCUGGGAGUGUCUGUACCUUCCUACUGUCCCCACAGAAGUGUUCCUCAAUGGUAGAUCUCCAUUCCAGGAGUCCAGAUCCUCAUGACCUGUCCCAUGGUUUUGGAAUAUGAUGUGGAAAAACCCCUCUCAAAGGGAUUCUGAUACAGAUGUUACCCAUCAUAUCUGGUCAUAACCCAGAUGAGCGUGGGCAUGGCCAGCACCCUAAAGGCUAUAGAAGGAUGCCGAGUCCUCCUUUGCUUUCAACCUCGCUAUUCCUACUCAACCGCCAAGCCUGCUCAGACUCUCGCCUUCGUUCCAGCCAGUCCUCCCCCAGAUCCUCUGGAAGUGAAGAAGCUGCAAGACUUUAUUUUUUCCUCCCGGAGGUUGUUUGUGAUCACUGGAGCGGGAAUUUCUACUGAGUCUGGAAUCCCAGACUAUCGCUCGGAAGGGGUAGGCCUUUAUGCCCGGACGGACAGGCGGCCCAUCCAGCAUGCUGAGUUUCUCCGAAGCUCCCGUGCCCGUCAACGGUAUUGGGCCAGAAACUUUGUGGGCUGGCCACAGUUUUCUUCUUACCAGCCAAACGUGGCGCACCUGACUCUGAAGAAGUGGGAGACAGUAGGGAAGCUGCACUGGUUGGUGACCCAGAAUGUAGAUGCUCUUCAUGUGAAGGCUGGAAAUCAGCGGCUGACAGAGCUACAUGGCAGCACACACAGGGUGUUUUGCGUCAGCUGUGGAAAUCAGAUGCCCCGUGCUGAGCUCCAGGAGCACUUUGAAGCCUUGAACCCCACGUGGAGAGCUGAAGCGCACGGAGUAGCUCCUGAUGGGGAUGUCUUCUUGACAGAACAGCAGGUGCAGGAUUUCCGUGUUCCCUCCUGCAAUAAGUGCGGUGGCCAUCUCAAGCCAGAUGUGACAUUCUUCGGGGACACUGUCAGCAAGGAGAAAGUGGAAUUUGUGUACCAGCGACUGGCAGAAUCUGACUCUGUCCUUGUGGCAGGGUCUUCAUUGCAGGUGUACUCAGCUUACAAGUUUGCUCUUGCGGCCCAUGACAAGAAGCUACCAAUUGCAAUAGUUAACAUUGGCCCCACAAGAUCAGAUCCCAUUGCAUUUCUGAAGCUGAAUUCUCGUUGUGGAGAGCUGUUGCCCUUGAUUGUCUCACAGUGACCCAAAUUCACAUCCAGAGAAGCAAACAUUUCAAGAAAGCUUUACUGAACGGACAGCCACUCAACAGUGAAGUGGAAGCUGUUUCCAUCAGAAAGCCCAGAAACAGAAAUGGAAGAAAUAUUCAAGGAACACUUUUUGAGAAGGAUUGAAUUGCAUUUGUGGUCUGAGUAAUACCUGGCUUACAGUUGGCGUCCACUCUAUUUCCAAAUUAUGCUUUAUUAUUUGGAUGUACUCAUCUCUGUAUGAGCUACUCAACGUUUUUAAAGAUGGACUAGAUAGAAAGGUAAUUAAUAAAAUAUACUUUUUUCACUA